GCCGCGCAGGCAGGAAUGCAGCAGACAGGACUCGCUCUCGUGGCCUUGGCUGCCUGUGUGGCUCUUCGCCCCGUGGAAGCCAUACUUCCCAUUGCCUCCAGCUGCUGCACGGAGGUUUCACAUCAUAUUUCCAGGCGGCUUCUGGAAAGAGUGACUACAUGUCGCAUUCAGAGAGCUGACGGGGAUUGUGACUUGGCUGCUGUCAUCCUUCAUGUCAAGCGCAGAAGAGUCUGUGUGAGCCCGCACAAUCAUGUUAUUAAGCAGUGGAUGAAAGAACAAGCAGCCAAGAAAGAUGCUGAAGGCAACAUCUGCCAUAAGAAGAUACACCCCGGCAGGAGGAACAGUAAAGGGGCACAUCAGGGGAGGCGUGAAACACAUGGCCAUAAAACUCCUUAUUAGAUAGGGUACACGUGAAGCUACACAGAUGCGUCCCCAGUGAACUUGGCCGUGGCUGGCUAUAAAUAUGUCACGUGAACAGUCCUCACUGGGAGCCAGCGGGGCAAAACAAAAUACAUUUCUUUAAGGGAACAAUUAUACAGAUGCAAAUGUAGCCAGUAAUGCGCUCAACUGAAAAAUGAAAUGAAGAGAGGGUCCUUAUCGUCACAGAAUAUUUUAAGAGCAGCAUACAGAAAGAAUGGUGUUGUGAACAUCUGUACACUUUUCCUUAGAUGAAUCCUUGUUACUAUGCUGCCACAUUUGUUUUUUCCUCUCCUCUCCUUGUACAUGUACAUAUAAAACAUUAUGUAUAUACAGAUAUAAUUUUCUUGCUGAAUCGUUACCCAUGUGAAAAUACGUUACAAACAUCAUGACAGUUCACUCCUAAAUUUUUUUAGUGUUAUAACUUGGCAUCUCUCAAAAAUAAAGGCAUUUUCUAUAUAACUGCACCAUCCGCUUUAUACCUAAAAAGGCAACAACUUCAUCGUAUAUAUAACACAUAUGUUCAUA